GGCGGAGGCGGCGGAGGCGUCGCGGCCGCCAGCAGCGGCGGCAGCGCCAGGAUCACAUUUUUGGGAGUUGCUGUUUAACCAUGUUUGCCAGUCUGGAAUUACCUGAAGACCUGUCACAUGUCACAAAAUACUGAAGUUGUGGAAUUUGUUUUGGUCAACUGGAAUACUUCUCAAGUCAUGUGCAGCAGGUUUCUGUCAGGAAACCACUUCUGUUUGUUCUAGUGGAUGAACAGCUUGGAUACUGCAAUGGCCACUGUUUUCAAAGUCACACAGUUUGUCUCGCAGACCCUAGCAUUCGGUCACCCGCAUCAUCUUAACGUCUGACAGGCUCCCGUUGUUGGAUACAAUGGUUUUGGAUGAUCUGCCUACCUUAAAAGAUACAUAUGCCUCCUUGUACUCCUCAGUUAUGGAAGACUUAGAGGUGGAUUUUGAUUCAGGACUGGAGGAAGAUGAACUGAAACAGGAGGCUGCUCCUGAGGAUUCCACAAUCUUUGUUGCUUUUAAAGGAAAUAUAGGUGACAGAGACUUUGAGCAGAAACUAGAUAUCAUACUGGAGAAUGUACCUGGCCUUUUACACAUGGAAUCCAAAAAGCUAAAACUGCAGAAGAUAGAACCUUGGAACAGUGUUCGUGUUACCUUCAAUAUACCCCGUGAAGCUGCUGAGCGGCUGCGCAUUCUGGCUCAGAAUAAUAACCAACAACUUCGUGACCUGGGAAUUCUCUCAGUUCAAAUUGAAGGGGAAGGUGCUAUCAAUUUAGCCUUAGCUCAAAACAGAAGUCAAGAUGUCCGAAUCAACGGGCCCUUGGGAACAGGCAACUCUGUGCGAAUGGAGACAGGGUUUCCCAUGCAAGGGGGACAAGGUUUAAUAAGAAUGAGCAAUGCUGCAGCUGUCAUGAUGUCCCAGAGUGGAAAUGUGCCCUCCUCUAUGGUGGCAAGUGGUGCUAGUGCUGAGCUGCAGCCAAGAACACCUCGGCCUUCCUCACAGCCAGAUGCAAUGGACCCACUCUUAUCUGGGCUAAAUAUCCAGCAGCAAAACCAUCCAUCUGGAUCUCUAGCUCCCCAGCUCCAUUCAAUGCAGUCAGUUCCUGUAAACAGGCAGAUGAACUCAGCCAACUUUCAGCAGCUGCAGCAGCAGACGCAGUUGCAGACACGUCCUCCCCAGCCACAUCAACAGCCACAGCAGGGUAUUCGACCUUCAUUUACUUCACCAGCACAGGUUCCAGUUCCCCCUGGCUGGAACCAGCUUCCUUCUGGAGCACUUCAACCUCCUCCAACCCAGGGAGCAUUGGGUACAUUGACAGUAAACCAGGGCUGGAAAAAGGCCCCAUUGCCUGGACAAAUGCAGCAGCAGCUUCAAGCAAGACCAUCUCUAGCAACAGUACAAACUCCUACUCAUCCUCCACCUCCAUAUCCUUUUGGAAGCCAGCAAGCUUCCCAGGCUCACUCAAACUUUCCCCAAAUGAGCAAUCCUGGCCAGUUUACUGCUCCUCAAAUGAAAAGCCUUCAGGGAGGGCCCUCACGGGUUCCUACACCACUGCAACAACCCCACCUGACCAACAAGUCUCCUGCUUCCUCUCCCUCCUCCUUCCAGCAGGGAUCUCCUGCAUCAUCUCCAACAGUUAACCAGACGCAGCAGCAGAUGGGACCAAGGCCUCCCCAGAGUAGCACGCUUCCCCAGGGAUUUCAGCAGCCUGUCAGUUCUCCUAGUCGUAAUCCUAUGGUGCAACAGGGGAACGUACCCCCCAACUUCAUGGUGAUGCAGCAGCAAAACCAAGGUCCACAAGGUUUACACCCUGGUUUAGGAGGAAUGCCCAAGCGCCUCCCCCCAGGGUUCCCUGCAGGCCAGGCCAACCAGAACUUCAUGCAAGGUCAGGUGCCUUCCACAGCUCCAGGAGCACCGGUGAACAGCGGAGCGCCACAGCUGCAAACUAGCCAAAAUGUGCAGCACACAGGUGGUCAAGGAUCUGGACCUCCUCAAAAUCAGAUGCAAGCACCACAUGGCCCACCAAAUAUGAUGCAGACCAAUCUAAUGGGACUUCAUGGAAACAUGAACAACCAGCAGGCUGGUGCUAGUGGAGUGCCACAAGUUAACAUGGGCAACAUACAAGGACAGCCUCAGCAAGGACCACAGUCUCAGCUUAUGGGAAUGCAUCAGCAAAUUGUAUCCUCUCAAGGACAGAUGGUAAACAUUCAGGCUCAGGGAUCGCUGAACCCUCAAAACCAGAUGAUACUUUCUCGAACUCAGCUCAUGCCGCAAGGCCAAAUGAUGGUGACACCGCAAAACCAAAAUCUUGGUCCUUCUCCCCAAAGGAUGACCCCACCCAAACAGAUGAUUCCCCAGCAGGGACAACAGAUGAUGUCUACACACAAUCAGAUGAUGGGACCUCAGGGCCAGGUCUUGUUGCAGCAAAACUCGAUGAUGGAACAGAUGAUGACCACUCAGAUGCAAGGAAAUAAACAGCCCUUUAGUACUCAAAACCAAUCCAGUGUUAUGACGGGGCCAGCUCAACUGAUGAGAGGACCAACCCCAAACAUGCAAGGAAACAUGGUGCAGUUCACUGGGCAGAUGAUGGCACAGCAAGGCCCUGUGAAUGGUAAUCCUUCUCAGGUUAUGGGAAUUCAAGGGCAAGUUUUAAGACCCACUGGACCUGGUCCUCACAUAUCUCAGCAACUUGGGGAUACUGCUACUACAACAAAUAAUGAUGUGAACUUGUCACAGAUGUUACCUGAUGUUCCUGUGCAGCAGCCAAACAUGGUGCCUUCUCAUAUGCAAGCAAUGCAAGGAAACAACAGUGCUUCAGGGAGUCAUUUCUCUGGCCAUGGGCUGCCUUUCAAUACGGGGUUUAGUGGAACGCCAAAUGGGAAUCAGAUUUCCUGUGGGCAGAAUCCUGUUUUUCCUGUCAAUAAAGAUGUUACGCUCACAAGUCCACUCUUGGUUAACCUUCUACAAAGCGAUAUAUCAGCAGGACACUUUGGUGUGAACAACAAACAAAAUAAUCAGAAUGCUAACAAGCCAAAGAAGAAGAAGCCUCCAAGGAAGAAGAAAAAUAAUCAACAACUAGAACAAGCAACUUCUUCAGAACCACGUCCAGCUGGCCUGGAGGAGAGUGAUCAGUCGUCAAUGUCUGGAGAACAAGGAAUGAAUUUAGAUAAUUCAGGCCCUAAACUUUCAGAUUUUGCAAGUAGGCCACCAGGUUAUCCAUCUCAGCCAGUGGAACAAAGGCCACUUCAGCAGAUGCCACCUCAACUCAUGCCACAUACACAGCAGCCGCAGGCGCAGCAGCCACAGCCGCCACCACAGCAAGCCCAGGCACCACCACAAACACCACAGCAGCAGCAGCAGCAGAUGAUGAUGAUGCUUAUGAUGCAGCAGGAUCCCAAAUCAGUCAGGCUUCCUGUACCACAAGGAGUUCACCCACCUAGAGGGCCUCUGAAUCCAGAUGUUCAACGAAUGCCAAUGCAGCAGAGUGGUAACAUGCCAGUAAUGGUUAACAUCCAAGGUCCUGGAUCAGUGCCUCCAUCUCCUGAUAAACAAAGGAUUUCCUUGCCUGGCAAUCCUCCUCUGGGAAAUAAUGCAAGAAAAAUGGUUUAUCAAGAUAACGUACAGAAUCCUUCCAGCUCACCCCUCGGAGAGGUUUCAUCAGUAUCCUCCCUUCCAGAAGGAAGUGGAGCUGAAGGCCCCCCAGCAUCAGGAGCUCAGAAUAAUUUGACGUCUCAUUUAGUAGUUUCACAGAACCAAGUACUGAUGACAGGACCCAAGCCUGGACCAUCCCCACUUUCAACUGCCCAAGGUGCAAGUCCCCAGCAGCAGUCUAAUACUCUGCCUGGCGCUCUUACACACCAUUUUCCAAAUGUUGCCACCCCAUCUCAAACUUCAAGGCCUAAAACCCCAAACAGAGCAAGCCCAAGGCCAUACUAUCCUCAGACUCCUAAUAACCGUCCGCCUAGCACAGAACCAUCAGAAAUUAGCUUGUCUCCAGAGAGACUCAAUGCUUCUAUAGCUGGUCUUUUCCCUCCCCAGAUUAAUAUUCCUUUACCUCCCAGACCUAAUCUCAAUAGAGGAUUUGAUCAGCAGGGUCUUAAUCCCACUACUUUGAAGGCCAUUGGACAGGCCCCAUCAAAUCUCACGAUUAACAAUCAGUCUAGUUUUGCUGCCCCACAGUCACACAAAUUGGAAGGCGUGGUCAUUAAUUCAGGAAAACAAACCAACUCUGGAGGAACAAAGAGAGCAAGUCCAAGCAAUAGUCGAAGGUCCAGUCCUGGAUCCAGUAGAAAAACUACACCAAGCCCUGGCAGACAGAAUUCAAAAGCAGCUAAAUUAUCAUUGACAGCUCAGCAGAAUCCACCUCUCCUGCAGAACAUGGAAUUACAAAGAAGUAUGAUGGCUGGUCCCUCUUCUUUGCCAACACCUGUGACUACAAGUUUUCAAAAUAAUAACAUGCUAAAUAAUCAGAAUCCUGCAAUUUCUGUACCUGCUAUGACUGGCAUUCCUGAAGACAAUAAAGAGAGCCUUAGUGUGCCUCAAGAUAAUGAGUGUCAAAGUGUACAAGGUGUCCAAGGUAACAAAGACCAGCCCAGUAUUGAACUAAAAGGUAUCCCUACUCCAGAAAUUAAAAUGUUGGUUCCAGAAGAACAGUCAAAAAAAGAUGGGCAAGCCUUAGACACCACUAAGCUUCCAGUCUUGGAGGAAAGUAAAACCAUGGUCUCUCCAGCUAUGAGGGAGGCACCAACUUCUUUAAGUCAACUUCUUGAUAAUUCUGGAGCUCCUAACGUAACCAUUAAGCCCCCUGGGCUGACUGGUCUUGAAAUGGCACCAAUAGUCACCACUGGUGAGGAGCUAAAGAAGGUAGCUGUCAUUCCUCCACUGCAAGAUUCAUUCUCAGGCAAAGAGCCAUCUAACUCACUUAGCUUGCCUCAAAAUAAUGAGCCCGGUACAAAUACAGGGCACCAGGACUUGGGAGAAAUAAACUCAAAUGUUGCACAGAGUGUUCCUCCAGUAAUGCAAAGGCCUGUCAGCUCUUCUUCUAUUUCAGGUCCUUUGCCCCCCAACCAGAUAACAGUUUUUGUAACUUCAAACCCUAUUACAUCUUCUGCUAAUACAUCAGCACCGUUGCCAUCUCACUUGCAACCUGCGUUAGUGUCAACUGUUGUCACAAUGCCCAACGUAGGGAGCAAAGUUAUGGUUUCUGAGGGACAGUCAGGAGUUCAGUCUAAUGCCCGGCCACAGUUUAUUACACCCGUUUUUAUAAACUCAUCGUCAAUAAUUCAGGUAAUGAAGGGCUCUCAGUCAAGUACUAUUCCAGCAGCCCCCAUGACUUCUAACUCUAGUCUGAUGCCUCAGUCGGUCGCAGUUGUUGGUCCUUUGCACAUACCACAGAAUAUAAAGUUUUCCUCUGGGCCCACUCCUCCCAGCACGUCAUCCAGCAGUCCUGUUUCUAGUAUUCCCACCAGCAGGCCGCUUGUUCUUAAUCCCUUGGCACCUCCUGUUCAGCUGCCUUCUCCCGCUACAACUGCUUCCAGUGUUCCUUCCCAUCUUCCCGCUCAGCGAGUCAAAGACUUCAGCCCAGAGGAGACUUCUUCUCAAAGCGGUGGGUCAAGUGAGCAGGGCUCUGUUACAGCAACGCAGUCUGGGCCUGUUGUUUCACCUCUUCUUACGAGUAGUCCGGGAUCUGGGAACAGACGCAGCCCUGUUUCAUCGAGUAAGGGAAAAGGAAAAGUAGACAAGAUUGGCCAACUCUUGCUGACUAAAGCAUGCAAGAAAGUCACUGGCUCCCUUGAGAAAGGGGAAGAGCAAUAUGCUCUGGAUGGAGAAGCAGAAGGUCAGGGACUGGAAACAUCAGUCUCAAAUAGUUUGGGAACAGAGCAAUCACCAGCAGAACUAGAUAAUAAAACUGUGAUACCUCCAGCACCCAGUCUUAUAAAACAGAGCACUUCUGGGCCUGGCAAUUCGAGUGUCAGCACUGCAGCUGCUGCUCCUGCCUCCUUGUCUCCAAGUGUAUCAACAAGCACUCCUCCUACAAGUGUACUGUCGGUUGUAACCACUCCUGCAGUCCCAGACCCUGCGGCUGCAGCACCCAGCACUAAUGGUAGUAACCACAGCGGCUUACCAGCUGAGCAAGCGGGGGUUGGUGUGGCAGAGGAAAAAGCAGGAGCGCAUCAGGAACUGCUACAAAUUGCAGCAUCCUCUCAACAUUUAACACAGAAAAAAAGUUCAGUUGCAACAUCAGAAAGUACUGUUCAAAGAACAGAACUUGAAACAAAUGCUCCAGUAGUUGCUGGUCAAAGUAAUGAGACAAAAGAGAAUUGUGAAAAGUCUAAAACUCCAAAUAGAAGAAAUUCAAGAACAGAGGAUUCUGCCGCUUCACAGGAAACUGUAGAGAAUGGACAGCGCAAGAGGUCUUCCAGACCAGCAUCUGCAUCCAGCACUGCAAAAGAAACGAGUGCCAGUGCAAUGCAGUCAAAAAGAAGAAAAUCCAAGUAAAUUACUGCAUGGAAACAUGAAACUUGUAAAUGAGUGUGAAUUUACCGAUAGCAAUUUUGAGCUGUGAUUUUUCUUUUUUAAAUAAAAUUCUGUACAGUAAGUCAUUUUAAUAUUAUACUGUUCCAAAUAAAUGAUUUUUUUUCUAAAAAACAGAUAAAUAGUUAUAAAAACUGGGUUAUUCUAAAACCCCCUGGAUUUACAAAGUGAAGUCCAGGGUUAGCACAUUAGGUUAAUGUGUUUUGUAUGAAAUGGAAGGGGAGGGAAAGACAAUUGUAAAUUUAUUUGUUUCCAAUUUUCAUAAACAAAUUAGAAUACAGGGUUGUCAUUUUUAGGUAUUAAUGUAUUGUGCUGUUGUUUAAGUACUGUAUGUGAAUAGCAGUAAGAGGGUUUAUAAAAAAACCCUACCUUGUUUGGAAAUGUAAAUAAUUUUAUUAUAUAGUAGAUCUGAUGUAUUUGUUGUAGAAAUGGACCAGUGAAACAAAAAAAAAUAAAUUUAAGGGUUUGUAUAAUGUGGAAUCCCUCAUGCUCUAAAUAAAUGUUAUUGUCCUAUAA